CAGUCUGCGUGUAACCGAAGAGCAAAUACCGCGCAGUAUCCGCACAAUUAUCAAAGAAUUAAGGGUUUAAUUAAAGCUCCUCCGCAGCAGCAGUAUGUGUGAAGGGCCCUCAGCGAUCUCUGGUCCCAUUCCUCCAGACCCCACACUGUUUCCUGAAUAUUACAAACGCCCGUCCUCUGCUCGUGGUCGGCUGGAGGGAAACGCUCAGAACGGCUCGUCUCCUCUUCUGAAGGGUCCGUUAGCACCAGAUCCUGGGUGUUACAGCGCCCGCUGCACCCCUCGACCCCGCAUCGGUGCCAACGCCGCUCACAUCCUAGAGAGAGGACAGAGAGGGGUUGUGGGAGACCUGCUGAAGCUGGAGGGAGUGGCGCUGAACCCCAGUCCAGCCAAACCUAUUAUUAACAUCAAUUUUGAGACGAGCCCUCCUAAGAAACCCGAAUGUCAGAACUUCCUGAAGGCUCACUCUCUGUGUGGCACUGGAGGUCGACCGCUGCUCUGCCGCUCAGAGAGCGUGCCGCCACCAGCUGCAGGAGACUCGGAUUCUGAGAUGCAUGUGAGAGGACACACGGUGGACUUUGUGAGUCAUAACGCUCGUGCCGCGGGGAAGACGAACCUGAGGCGAUCUCAGUCCUUACAGAACCUCCGAGACAAACCACCACCCAGCGCCGUGAAGGGCAAAGUGCCACAAUAUCUGGAGCAGAGGAAGUUGCAGUGGAAAAAGGAGGAGGAGGAGAGGAGGAGAAACACUCCUGAUCCGUCCAUUCCUGCUGGACACACUCAGAUGUCUGAAAGAGAGAGACAAGAGACCCUGAGGUCCCUCAAAGAAACUCACAGGUCUCUGGUCAGUGAGCUGCUGUCUCUCCCCAUCAAAGCCGACACACUGAGCGUCCGCUCUCGACGCGCUCAACUCGACCAGCGUCUCUCGGAGGUCGAGGAGGCCGUCAAAAUCUUCUCACGGGACAAAGUCUAUGUGAAAGUCGACUCUUAAACACCACAUUCAUAUCAGGCUGUUUCUUCUGUAUUUAUGUAUUUAUUAGUUAGCAGCAGAUGCUUUUUCAUUUCCUGAGUUCACUGCAUUUGAACGCUUGACACUAUAAAGAGAUUUGUGACUAAAUAUGACGCAUAUUAGUGGCAGAGAUCAUUGAUUUAUUUUUUGCUAAUUGUAUUCUGUAGUCGUGCUUUGGUUAGAUAAUUAUGAGAU